GUUUGGCGCGCACGCGCACAGCUCGGAAGGCGCGUAACCGCCAAUCAGUGAACCAGCGGCAGCGACUCAAUUAGGCGGCACAGGGGCCACGGGGCAGCGCACGCCGGAACUGUGCGGCGCACGUUUAGCGAAGGGAUUUAUAUAAAAACACUGAGUGGCGUCCGAAGACGAACCACGAACUUAACAGAAAGAAAUAAAGAAGGAAAAAAAAGAGCUACGGCAGGACGGGACCAUGACUGACGGAUCUGAAAUGUUCCACAGAGCUGCAGGACGUAGCUUUAAAGGCUUCAGCGCAGAGGAAGAAGGUGAAUGGAAGGGCCCUUUUUACUUUGUGCAAGCUGCAGACCCCCAGCUUGGCCUCAUGAAGGCCUGGGCCAUUGGAGACACGGAUAACGGUGGCGACGAGUGGGAACAGGAAGUGCUUCUGACUGAGAAGGCCAUUCAAGCCGUCAACAGACUAACACCUUUGCCCAGGUUCAUGGUGAUCUGCGGUGACCUCAUACACGCCAUGCCAGGUACACAGUGGAGGGAGGCACAGGAGAGGGACCUGAAAAAUGCCCUGCAGAAAGUGAACCCUGCUAUCCCUCUCGUGUUUGUCAGUGGAAACCAUGACCUCGGCAACACUCCCAGUGCACAGACUGUGACCGAUUACUGUCAUUCCUGGGGCGAUGACUACUUCAGCUUCUGGGUUGGGGGCGUCCUGUUCCUGGUGCUCAACUCGCAGCUUUUCUUUGACUCCUCAGCCUGCCCUGAGCUGCAUCAGGCCCAUGAUGCAUGGCUCUCGCAACAACUAGAUGAAGCCUCCCAGCGAAAGUGCCGCCACGUCGUCGUCUUUCAGCACAUCCCGCUUUUUGUGAACUCUUUUGAGGAAGAACACGACUACUUCAACCUAAAGAGACCUGUGCGACAGGAGCUUCUUGGAAAAUUCAGAAAAGCAGGGGUUAAAGACUAUGACUACAUAACUCCAGUUCUCGAGUCUUUACACUCAGCUUCCAGUAUAAAUCAUGAAGUGCAGUCGGGCAUUGCAGCCCGUUCUCCUACUGCGUGUGAAAUGACUGUUGAUGAAACUGAAAUUCGGAAAGACUCGGAGGAGCGGGCUUAA